AUGGUGAUGGAUGCGGCAGGAAACAUUGGCUACAGCAUCUCGCAAAGCAGUGGCAGAAAAACAAUACUCCAGCCACACGGACCACAGCAACCGGCAGGGAGUAGUCUGUUGCGAAGGUGCAAUGGUCCCCUAAGUAUCGCAAAGUACAACUUGUCAAAGUGUCUUACACAUCCGCUGCGGAUCACUCGAGUCCUCUCGCGACCCGGGGCAGCCUUAACGAGACUACCUGAAGAUACAGAGAAGUGUAGCCUCGACAUCGGAAACACUUGGCUAGACUUUCCGAAGCUUGGGAACUCCCGCGCUGACUACGCAGAAAGGCAGGCCGGAGACGCGCAGUGUGCUAGUAGUCCGGCUGUUGGAGAAUCCUGGACGCGGUACGAGCUCAGCACCAAGAAACCUCCGAGCUCGAGCUCCGCGGCACCGCCUCACCUCAUGCUCUUCCCUUUUCUCGACCCGUCUCGCAAUACUCCCACCAUCGCGCCGCCCAAGAUGGGCUUCUUUGACAACAUCAUGCACCAGAUGGACGAGGGUGUCUCGGGCUUCUUCGGACAAUGGAACGCUUAUACCACUGCCCUCGUCACUUUUCUCGUCGCCAUCGUUACCUACCGAAUCGUCUCUAGCCAGGAUCCCGAUACCCAUCCCAUGCUGCUUGCCCGUCAAGCGCAAGGCUCUCCCGUUCGCCAACCAGCGGAAUCUCCCGUCUACCGAUCCCACUCUGCCCCUCACGGCAUGCCCCUGAACAGCGGACUCAACGUCAAGGACCCCGGUGCUUCGAAGUGGGCGAGGGGACGUGAUGGAGAUCUUCGGGAUAUCUGGAGAAGAGCGGCGACUGGCGCUUCUGAGGAGGGCAAGCCAGUUGUAGGCAAGGGCCGCUUGUUGACGGUACUGGGCUCCGAGAAUGUUAUCGAGCAUCAACUUGGCCGCGCAGAUGACAUCACUCGUCAAAUCAAUCUCAUCGGACAGCACAUUCACGAGCAGGGCGGCAUCCGAGUAGCCGUUUACCUGCCAAACUCUAUCGAGCUUUUGGUGACGCUUUUCGCCUGCAGUUUUUACCCGAACCUCACAGCCAUCCUGAUCCCAUUUGAUGUGUCAGACGAGGAACUCGUGACGAUGCUCCGCCGUUCUGCCGCCGAUACCGUUAUAACAGCCCCUGGCGCGUUCCCCUUUGACUCGGUCGUCAAGGCAUACCCCGCUCUCCGCCAACUCAUCUGGGUUGUAGAUGAGGGAAGUUCUCACAUGGACUGGAAUGAAGUUCCCGAAGGCAUGGGCGGCAGUGUCAACGUUGCGACAUGGCAAGAGAUCCUCCGUGAUGCACCAGUCGAUGCCGCGAGAGAGGUGCCCCCUGUCGACAAGGAAAUUGAACCGAAGGAUGUGGUGACUUUCUGGCAAUCCAAGCCGGGAACCAUGGAAGAGAUGGUGCGCUUCACUCAGUCCAACUUGGUUGCCGGUGUUGCCGCUCAGCUCGCUGCGAUCCCAACUACCCAACGCCUGAGUCCCUCUGAUCUGUUCCUUCCUGCCGACUCUCUUACGAACAUCCAUACCUUAAUCCUCACAUUGGCAGCUCUGUUCUCCAACUCAUCUGUCGCACUCAACUCAGUGGCUGGAAAGGUCACGGACUUGGCUCUGGCUACCCAGGGAGUUGCUCCUACAGUCUUGGUGGCCGCUCCCGAGACUCUGUUGAAGACCCACCAGGAGGCAACUAACCGCCUGACCUCUGCUUUGGCUAAAGUUGCUCACUGGGCUCAGUCCCGCAGCCUCACAGAGAGUGGUGUGAUGCCCGUUGCAUCCGCCGCGGCACGUUUCAACAGUGCAUCUCGACCAGCUAUCGGCAAGACUCCUGGAAAGCUGCGUCUUCUUUAUGUCGCGGAUAGGGUCGGGGCUGGCUCGCCGCCUUUGUCGUCACGAGAACUUUCCGAUCUUCGCAUUUUCACAGGCGCUAGAGUCAUCUACGCUUUGGCCGCGCCCAAGGUUGCCGGAGCUGUCGCUCAGACUGGUUACUACGAUUAUAGAGUGCAUGAGGAUAAGCAGUCGCACUUCGGUCCUCCUCUGACGAGCACUGAGAUCCUCUUAAGAGAUACAGAACAGCAUAAGAAUGCCGAUCAGGAAUAUCAGGGAGAGAUCAUUGUUCGAGGCCCUUGUGUUGCAGGCAACGAGGCCACCAUCAAGGCUACAGGCAAGAUCCGGGACGACAACACGCUGGCAUACCUGAGCCCAUGGAUGUGGGACAGAAACAAUCCGAAUCAUAUCUUCCCAUCUCAUCCUUUGCCAAGGGAUUUCUCGCAUCUUCCACUUAAGCCGUCUUUCAUGUGCGCAUUUAGGUCUGCCAGGAAUGAUCUAUUGCCAGUGAAUUACUUCUAUCUUGCCGCCGAUUCUGCUUGGGCUCUAUCGAGUCUUAAUGCUCAGUGGCAGGCAUCUACAGACCCAACAAAAGCAGUGACGGCGACGCUUCUGACUACUUGCUAA